CGCACACUCUCAUUGACAUUUCAACUCCAGGACGGAUCCAAAGGUAGAUAGAUUUUAAUCGGGACCUAUAAGUUUCUCUCGCCGAGACGCGGAAAGAGAUCCCGGUUUGGAAACGGCGAUUUAUUACGCACAGGAUACCAACCAGACAGAUCUGCUGCCUCCGGCUAACUAACGGGAUAUCCCCUCCGUCUCCGACGAAGACCACUGGAAACUAAUUUUUCCCCUUCUAAACUCGCUGAGAGAGACGCGCCCUGGUCGUUUCUUUUCUUUUUCUGUGGUGUGGAGAAAGGCUGUAGCUUAUAGUUUGGCAAGGACUUUAACAACGACGCAGGAUGCCCCAAAAAGGGAGACAUUAAGUAGUGAAAACGGCAGAUGAUUGACUAAAUUGUUAUAGAGUGGACAGUCAACUCUGUUUCCAGAAUACCACAACCAAGCCACGUGGGAGUCUGGCGUAGCCUCAAUGAUGCAGAACAAGGUGUAUGACAUCUGUGAUGAAGGUCACAGUGGCGUAAACCAGCUUGGUGGUGUGUUUGUUAACGGUAGACCGCUGCCGGAUUCCACCAGGCAGAAAAUAGUUGAACUUGCUCACAGUGGCGCUCGACCCUGCGACAUCUCCAGGAUACUGCAGACUCAUGAUGAAGUUCAAGUUCUGGACAGUGAAAAGGUAUCCAACGGCUGCGUGAGCAAGAUCCUGGGCAGAUAUUAUGAAACUGGCUCCAUACGACCGAGAGCAAUAGGCGGCAGUAAGCCCAGGGUCGCCACUCCAGAGGUGGUCGCGAAAAUCGCGCAGUACAAGAGGGAGUGUCCGUCUAUCUUCGCCUGGGAGAUCCGUGACAGACUUCUGUCGGAGGGGAUCUGCACCAACGACAACAUACCCAGUGUGUCAUCGAUAAACAGAGUCCUCCGCAACCUGGCGAGUGAAAAGCAACAGAUGGGCGCAGAUGGCAUGUAUGACAAGCUGAGAAUGCUCAACGGUCAGACAGGAACUUGGGGGACCCGGCCCGGCUGGUACCCCGGAACAUCGGUGCCAGGGCAGCCCAACCAAGAUGGCUGCCAACAACAAGACGGUGCCGGCGAAAACACAAAUUCCAUCAGCUCGAACGGCGAGGAUUCAGAGGAGACGCAGAUGCGACUGCAGCUGAAGAGAAAGCUGCAGAGAAACCGCACGUCCUUCACACAGGAGCAAAUCGAAGCGCUGGAAAAAGAAUUCGAGCGAACUCAUUAUCCAGAUGUUUUUGCACGAGAGAGACUAGCGGCGAAAAUCGACCUGCCCGAAGCAAGAAUACAAGUAUGGUUCUCGAACAGAAGAGCAAAGUGGAGGCGAGAGGAGAAGCUCCGGAACCAGCGUCGGCAGGCCAACAACUCCUCCAGUCACAUUCCCAUCAGCAGCAGCUUCAGCACCAGCGUCUACCAGGCCAUCCCACAGCCCACCACACCGGUGUCUUUCACCUCGGGGUCAAUGCUGGGCAGGCCCGACUCUGCGCUCACAAACACCUACAGCGCGCUGCCCCCCAUGCCCAGCUUCACCAUGGCAAACAAUCUACCUAUGCAACCCAGCCAGACCUCCUCUUAUUCCUGCAUGCUGCCUACCAGUCCGCCUGUGAACGGGCGGAGCUACGAAACAUACACGCCCCCUCAUAUGCAGGCACAUAUGAACAGCCAAUCAAUGACCACUUCUGGUACCACCUCAACAGGACUCAUCUCUCCUGGAGUGUCUGUCCCUGUCCAAGUCCCAGGGAGCGAGCCUGACAUGUCUCAGUACUGGUCAAGACUACAGUAGAGAGAAGAGCUACUUCACCCUGUAACCACCCACUCCACCAUCGCCCUCCGGCACAUACACGGCACAGGAGAGUAGAGAAGUCAAGAGAGGGUUGAGAAGAAGCAAAGGACAAGAGAUGAUGGGAGAAAAGAAAGAAAGAGAGAGAGAGAGAGACUCUGGGACCUCUGGGCUUUGUUUCCCCAGUGGGACUGCGUGCUGUUCUGUAGCUCUAGGCACAUUCAAACGAGGACUUGGAAGCGAGAACAAUGAUGGAAAGACAUGAAAAGAUGGACCUCUGUAAAGUGCCCGGUGUUAAAUUUUUAUGGAACAAAAACUUAUCUGUUUUUUUUUCUAUUUCCAACUUCAGUCAUUGUUUCCCCUUUCUCUGGUGUGUUAGUAAAUGGCCAUUUGUAUGUUAAUAUGAAAAACCAAGAUCAAGUACUGAUAGAUGGACUGCUAGAAAACCAUGUUGGUUGUUUGUUUGAAAGAGGAGAACCUGAGAGAUUCUGCCAUGACUAUCUUUUAAUCUGCUUAUAUCGAGACUUUCUACCAGCCUUUGCAUGGUCUCUGGACGCUGUUACAUAUCAUUAAAGACAAAAAGCUGGAGGGAAGACUCUUACUAUGUCAAGAAAAUAUAUAUAUUUAUUGGUCUUACUGCUUACGAAUGGGAGCUCAAACUCGAUCCAUCCACUGAGGCUGCGGUCCCGACUCAUCCAAGACGGGCCUGCCUUUGCCGGCCCAUUAAUCACGGAUCACUAUCGACAGCUCAAAGCGCGCAGAGACGGCGUGGCACGUGACCCGACUCGGACCUCCCGCUUCCGUGGUUGGAUUGACUCUAGGUUACCACGAAGAACAUUAAAUAUGGAGAACAGGUGUAAAAGAAAACCUGUAGUCUGUAAAUGGUAGACUGCGUCUUCGAUAUAAUCCAGUUUGUUUAUGUCAAAAUGUAAAAUACUUGUCUUCCCUAGAAAUCUUCCAAAAAAAGAUUUCUCCAAUAAAAGUUGAUUUCAUUUAUAUCCCCGAGAAUAUUCUAUAAAUGUUCCAUGCAUCAUAAAAUACAUUUCUUUAGGGUCAGGUACAAAUUGUCUCUUAGGUAUAGUUGUAUUAUAGUGUCCUAUGGUCAAAAAAAUUUUUGUGCGACUAGAAAUAUUUAAUUCCUAUAAUUAUGAUUAAACAUUGCUUGACAGAGUUUUAAACUUCAGUGUUUGGCAGUUGUUUACAAGUACAUAUCAGAUUUAAUCAUUGUUGAUUGUAAAACAGACCAAAGCCUUUGUAUUUCAUCUAGUACACAAUGUUUUUUUAAAGAUAUUAGUCUUGUGUUGAAAAAUUUUGUAAACACGUUCUGUUCAAUUACAUUGGCUUCGAGUUUGUAAGACUGCAGCCAAACCCUGCAGUCCUUAUUUAUAAUUGAAGACCAUGGGAGGGUUUUUCUAGCAUCAUCUGUCAUGCUCUUUUGAGUUUUGCAUUUUUAUUUCAGUGUGUACGUAGAACAUGGACACAUACUGGGUUUACGUCUAAGCAAUGCUUCUGAGAUAAAACGCCUACACGCUGUCUCUUAAAUAUUUCAAUUUAAUUUUAUUUAAAAUGGAGCUUUCUAAAUGUAUUUUGUGAAAACUAUAAAACAUUUUGUACAGUAAAAUUGUGUCUUAAAGAAA